AUGAAGCUGAUGAACCAUAUAACUACCCUACCGAGCGAUUCCGAUACGGUAUCAUCCAGAAAAAAGAGUCGCCGUGAUAAAUUGAUGGGAAUUAUUGAACACUGUAUUUUACAAGAGGAUGGCGAGAGAAGCGCAGGAAGUGAAGCAGAAGUUAGCGUUUAUGGAUAUUUAGUCGACGUAUGUGAGCAGGUGCCGAAUGUGGGAGUGGCAAUAGCUUUGCUUGGCUGUAUCUCAGUCCUACGUGCACCAUCUGAAGAGCUCAGUAAUAAAAUGGCUCGGUACACCUUGGGUUUCCUGAAGAAAGAAUGGGUGGAUAAGGAGGGACACCCUCUGAAGGGAGCAACCUUGACAUCAGCAGUUAGAAAGAUUCUAAGUCACUAUCUACGUCUUCGGCCAGUGCAAUACCGUCUAUGUGCGAUUCAGUGGAUUCUCGCGAAAAAGCUUGCUGACUUGGUAAUGCCAUUCAAUUUUGUCGGUGUAAAUGGAAACAGUACUCGGAUAUAG